AUGAAACUCCACCUACUUCUGGCUCUUCUACUUGGGACAGUUUCAGCUUUUCAUCUGAGAACUGAAAUGUCCAACAUUGAGAGCCCCUUGGGAGAUGACACCCUGCCUCAGGUUGGGGAGGUACCAGAAAGUGAGGCAAAGGAGAUCCCUGUGGAGGGACUGCUAGAGGAAGAGGAAGACAGGGGCUCUGGAAGUGAAGAUGCCCCCAGGGAAGAGGGGGCUGUUGAGUCCAUCUCAGCCUUGGAUGAGGUAGACAGGGACCUUCAGUGUCCUAAGGAUGAGGACACAGUAAAACUGGAGGGCAUCCCUGGAUGCAAGACCUGCCGCUUCCUCCUGUUAACUUGCCAGAGGUGCUACCGGGGCAGACUCAUCUCCAUCCACAACUUCAGCCUUAAUCACCAGAUCCAGUGCUUAGUCCGACAGAUCGACCAGGGCCAAGUCUGGAGCGGAUGCCAGGUCACCGGCCGGGAGGCCACUGGCGUCGAGCUCCCUGUGGCGUGGGUCUCCCGUUCAUCUGUUCCUACUGAGCUGGAUCUUCCUGGGCAGGCUCCUCCCAUCCCCUCCCCUCCAGCCCCCAGCAAUAAAAUUGUUUUCCUGAAACUGAUUUCUUUCUCUUCCCACCAUUGAUCUACUCUGCUUAGCCCCACCCACG